GCUUUUUCUGACGCAUAGUCCCGUGAAGUAGUGCAAGGCGGAAGUGGACACAGUCACCCUGCAGCUGCUCACAGAGGUCUGAAAAACAAUUCACUACUGAGGAAAUGUCUGCAGGUUGUGUGCGGUGGCUUCUGGGCCACACGGUGAGAGCCGUGUGCGGCGGCAGGCCCGGCUACCGGACACCAGCUCUGAGAUCAGCCGGACUCUGUGAAAGACACGACAUCGUCUCUUCGUCCUGGAGACCAUCUGCGUUCUCCACGGAGGUUCCUACAGAAGAACCGACUCCAGCAGCGAAGAAGAAGAAGAAGAAGCAGGAUCCUCGCGCCAACGCCUCCAUCAGCAGCGUCGGGCGGAAGAUCCCUCACAGAGAGAUCCAGGUGAUCGAUGAGGAGGGAGAGGAACUGGGGUUGAUGCAUCGCUCCGACGUGAUCAAAAUCAUGAACGAGAAGAAUCUGAAGCUGGUGCUGGUGAGGGAAGACAAAGAGCCGCCGGUGUACCAGCUGAUGAGCGGGAAACAGAUCCAUGAGGAGCAGCUGAGACUCCGUGAGCAAAAUAAGGCAAAAACAGGUCCUGUCCAGCUGAAGCAGCUCAACAUCUCAGCCGGCAUCGCGUCCCACGAUCUGUCCACGAAGCUGAAACAGGUGGAGAGCUGGCUGGAGAAGAAACAUCACGUCAGGCUGACGCUGCAGGGAAGACGCAACCAGCCCAGUGAUGACCUGGACAAAACUCUGGAGGGAAUGGUGGAGCAAAUGACCAUGAUGACAGCCUUUGUCUCCAAGCCAAAGGUCACACGAGAAGGUCAGACGGCCAUGUGCAUCCUCCGACCGCCGUCCGCCAAGGAGCUGGCGCAGAAAGCAAAGACCAAAGCUGAGAAGGCGCAGCCUGAAGCCAGUAAAACACUUCCUGUUAGCAACACGGACACAAAGGAGGAAGUCGUGCAGCAGUGAUGGGAGAGACGGUUUCACACGGACAAACCGUCUGGUGCCUGAAUGUUACAGCAGAAUCAGAGCGGUUAAGGUCAUAUUUAUCAACGGAGGCAGCUGGGUUCUCAUGUUGGGAGGUUAGUGAGUCUUAAAAUGACAUAAAAAUACUGGACUCAAGCAGAACAAACAUGAAAGUGUUCACACAGGUCACAUUUAGAUGCUCCAGACCCACAAACUAGUAAGUGACCUUACAGUAAGAUAAAUCCACUGCACACACAGGCAAAAGAACUAGAAAUAGACUCAAAAUGACCUAAAAGUGACCGAACUGAAUCAUGUUUCAGUAAGCAGAGGCAAUAAGACGCUGCUGUAAGAUGAGACGAGGAUUACAUAGACGUGCAAGGACAAGAAGAGAGAUAAUGAAGCAGCAACUUCAACUCUCUGGCAGAAUAAAAGCUGUAAAACAGUCGAUGAGAGCAGAUAUUCCUGUAACCUAAUAGUCUUGGGUGUGAACAUAUGGCUGGUUUUGUGAAAAAGCUGCAGAUUACUCAUGGAUAUUCUCCGUUUAUUCUGAAUGUGAUUGGCUUGUUUUAGUUUUCCGAACUGUGUGGAAAUAAAUGAAAUAAUUGCUAAAGGUUGAAGAUGUAAAGAAUGAGCGACGGCAUCAUCAGUGUGAAUCUUUCUCUUUAUUUUAAGAUCGGUUUUGGUAAAAAAUAAAAGCAAAUUUGGCUUA